AUGGCCCCAGUCCGCAGAAUCGCUCAAAUCGUUCACCUGAAGCCCUCCGCCGUGGCUGCAUACAAGGAAUGCCACGCCAAUGUCUGGCCCGAAGUGCUCCAACAAAUCAAGGACUGCAACAUUAAGGACUACUCCAUAUUCUUCGACAAUGACCGCACCCUGUUCGCUACUAUGAAGUACGUCGGCACGGACUUCGAGGGCGAUAUGGAGAAGAUGAGAGCGAAUCCCAAAGUGAGAGAAUGGUGGGCUAUGACCGAUGGCAUGCAAGAGAGUCCCAUUCCCGGUGCCGUGGGCAGUGCCGAUGGACCCGGAUGGUGGAAGGUCCUGGACGAGGUUUUCUACAACGAAUAA